UCUGUUUUCAGUACCUCACAAAAGGAAAAGAUACAGCUCAAUCAGCAGGGUUGUUUUCCACUAUACUCUUAUUAAUUUCUUAACCAAGCAACAGCGUGUAUCUCUCCCAAGCCUUGUAAAACGGAGCUUCCAGAGACAACAUGAAGCUGGAGCUGCUGGUGGUGUUGGCUGUAGCAGCCUUGGUUCCCAGUCUGGCUGAGGGGCGGCUCGUCUCUAAAUGUGAGCUGGAGACCAAAUUGGCAGAGGCUGCUGAUCAGUUCAACCUAACAGAGAAAAUCAUGGCAAAGGGCUUCAAGCUGGUGGAUAUCUUGGCCAAAAUUAUCUGCAGUUUGGACCUAAAGUCUGGCUUGAACACAAGCCUUGUGACCAACAUUGUUCUGGCCGAAGCUGUUCAGCAUAACACCCCAUUGCAAAACAUUAAUUUGAGAAAAGCUAGACAUGUUCAGGCAAAGGGAGAAGAGCGCAGGCCUAUAACAACUGAGAGGCCAGAGAAAAUUAGUAAGUCAAAGCAGAAGCCACAGCCUAAGGGAAAAUCUUGGGAAAAUAAACCAAAACAUCCAGCUAGAGAUGCUCAGGCAAUGGAAAAUGAAGUGAACCCUAAACCCACAGGGAAGCCUAAGGUAGUGAGCCCAAAACCUACAGGGAAGUCUGAGGUAGUGACCCCAAAACCUACAGCUAAGCCUGAGGUAGUGAAACCAAUAUCUACAGGGAAGUCUGAGGUAGUUAACCCAAAAUCUAUUGGGAUCCCUAAGGUAUUGAACCCAAAACCUACAGGGAAGUCUGAGGUAGUGACCCCAAAACCUACAGGGAAGUCUGAGGUAGUGACCCCAAAACCUACAGGGAAGUCUGAGGUAGUGACCCCAAAACCUACAGGGAAGUCUGAGGUAGUGACCCCAAAACAUACAGCUAAGCCUGAGGUAGUGAAACCAAUAUCUACAGGGAAGUCUGAGGUAGUUAACCCAAAAUCUAUAGGGAUCCCUAAGGUAUUGAACCCAAAACCUACAGAAAAGCCUAAGGUAGUGUCCCCAAAAACUACAGGGAAUCCCUGGGUAGUGAACCCAAAAUCUACUGGGAAGCCUAAGGUAGUGUCCCCAAAAACUACAGGGAAGCCUAGGUUAGUGGACCCAAAACCUACUGGAAAGCUUGAGGUAGUGAAAUCUAAACCUAUAGGGAAGCCUGAGGUAGUGCCCUCAAAACGUACAGGAAAGCCUGACGUAGUGCCCCCAAAAUCUACAGGGAAGCCUGAGGUAAUGCCCCUAAAACAUACAGGGAUGCUCAGGGUAGUGAACCCAAAACCUACAGGGAAGCCUGAGGUAGUACCCCCAAAAUCUACAGGGACGCAUGAGGUAGUGCCCCCAAAAUCUAAAGGGAAGCAUGAGGGAGUGCCCACAAAAUCUGCAGGGAAGCCCCAGGUAGUGAACCCAAAACCUACAGGAAAGUCUAAGGUAAUGCCCCUAAAACAUAGAGGGAUGUUCAAGGUAGUGAACCCAAAACCUACAGGGAAGUCCCAGGUAGUGAACCCAAAACCUACAGGGAAGCAUGAGAUAAUUAACCCAGAACCUACAGAAAAGCCACAGGUAGUGAACUUAAAACAUAAAUUGAAGCCUGAGGGAGUGACUCCAAAACCUACAGGGAAGCCUAAAGGAGGAAAGAAGAGUGAGGCCGGGGAGUCAGCUGAUUAUAAAGAGGAACAGGUUUUUGGCAGUAGGGAGGAAUUUUUGGAUUGUGUAAAGGAAGAAGAACAAGACAUACCAUUCGUGCCAGUCAAGCCACUGCAUAUUAAAUUAUUCGGGCUCUUCCAGCUGAGUGAUCACCUCACCUGCAUCUCGUCCAACACCACUUACUCUCUCAAUCUCUGUAACACAACGUGCAGCUCCUUUCUUGAUGAAGACAUCAGUGAUGACAUUGCCUGCUUUGCAAAGUCUCGUGCUUGGAUGAAAGCUAUGAAGUUCCCAUGGAAAUGUGCCAAAUUACAAUCCUCUGUGUACUUUCAGUGUAACCAGCCACUUAGCAACACUACAAGUAUUUAGGGACCAACAACGUUACAGGCAUAUGUCCUUCUGUCUCUCAACUCUUACCUUACGUUCUACCUAGAAAAUAUGUUACUGUCCAUCUGCUCUAGGGGGCGUGCUAGGAAUGUUUUGAGCUCCUUAUCUCAGAUGGUGCCUUUAACAAAGUACCUUUAACAGACAUGAGGUAAAAACAUCCUAUCCUCCUUCAAUCCUCUACCCAACUACUAGGAGAGAACGGUGAAAAUGUUUUAUUUGAUGCAUUAGUAACAACAUUUGCUAAGAAAAAAAGCUUCUGUUUUUCCAUAUAUGAAAUAAAAUAUUCCUUAAAA